AGUGGUUCUACGCUGCUUUUUCACGGAUGUUGGUUUUUCUUUUAAAGUGGCGUCGUUUUCGCCAUGCCAACUCCAAAAUUCCAAACUGGCAAAAAAAUGCAAAAGAAGCAAAGGCAAAGCAAUGGCGUCGUUGUGUUCAAGUACAGUCCUUUUGUAGUUUCCUGUUUUUAUGGUAUCAAUAAUUUUCCAAUCUCUCAAAUUUUCUUCAAGUGCUUCAACAAGCAACCACAGCUUUUUCUUUCUGUAUACAUUUUUUGUUUCUAUCCGAAUGUUUUUUUUUUUUCUUUUUUUUUUUGCAAAUCUCAAUGAGCUGUAGAUUUUCAUUCCCAACCUCAUUGCUUUCAAACCUAGGGUUAGGGUUUUGCUGAAACAGAGUAUCUGAGCAAAACCAGAGAACAAAAAAAAAAAAAAAAAAAAAAAUUUUUGGUUGUACCCUUGUUCAUUGUCUGUGAAGGAAACUGGGUUUGGGGGUGUUUUGGGGACAAUGAAGCGAGUGAAGUCCGACACGCUCUGGUCUCCGAGUCGAGUCGGAUUGCUGCAAGUUUUGAUGGGCGUAGUGUUCUUCUACCUACUCCUCAUGAGCUUCGAAAUGCCUCUGGUGCUCAGAACAAGUCUCGGGUCGGGUUCGGGUGAUGGGUCAUUCGGGUUUCUCAGCGAUUCGUUUCCGAGGCCUUUCGCGCUUGAAACUGAAGAGGAAUUGGCUGAUAUAGACGCCCCGAGCCGACCCGCCAAUGACCCACUUCGGUUGUUCGGUGGCUCGCCGUACCGUUCGCCGGAGAGGCGGCGUAUAAGGGAGUUCAAUAAAGUUUCCAGCCUGGUGUUCAACGAGACAGCCUUCGAUAGCAAUGCCGGUAGGGACGAGUUUCCGGAGCUUCAUAAGGCAGCUAAGAAUGCUUGGGUCGCGGGAAAGAAGCUCUGGGAUGAGCUUGAAUCCGGGAAAGUGGAGCUCGAGCCAAAUACAAAGUCCGAAAACAGGUCUGAACCGUGCCCGCAUUCGAUUACACUAUCUGGGUCCGAAUUCGAAGCUCGGAAUCGGGUUUUGGUGAUUCCAUGCGGACUGACUCUGUGGUCUCAUAUUACAGUUGUUGGGACACCCAGAUGGGCUCAUAAGGAAUCUGACCCGCUGAUAUCGGUCUUGAAGGAAGGGGAUGAUUCGGUGAUGGUGUCGCAGUUUAUGAUGGAGUUGCAGGGUUUGAAGACUGUGGAUGGAGAAGACCCGCCAAGGAUAUUGCAUUUCAAUCCCAGAUUGAAGGGGGAUUGGAGUGGGAGGCCAGUGAUCGAACAGAACACGUGUUAUAGGAUGCAAUGGGGAUCUGCGUUGAGGUGUGAGGGUUGGAAAUCCAGGGCUGAUGAAGAAACUGUUGAUGGACAGCUGAAAUGCGAGAAAUGGAUUCGUGAUGAUGAUAAUCAUUCUGAAGAAUCCAAAGCCAUGUGGUGGCUGAACAGAUUGAUUGGGCGUACCAAAAAGGUGACUUUAGAGUGGCCAUAUCCAUUUGUGGAGGACAAGUUAUUUGUUCUUACUGUGAGUGCUGGCUUGGAAGGUUACCAUAUCAAUGUUGAUGGCCGGCAUGUCACUUCUUUUCCCUAUCGCACGGGAUUUGUUUUGGAGGAUGCCACUGGACUUUACGUAAAUGGAGACAUUGAUGUGCGCUCUGUAUUUGCUGCGUCUUUACCUACAUCACAUCCAAGCUUUGCACCACAAAUGCAUCUUGAGAUGUCUCCUAAAUGGAAAGCUCCACCUGUUCCCUAUGAUCGUGUGGAGCUUUUCAUUGGCAUCCUAUCUGCUGGAAACCAUUUUUCAGAGCGGAUGGCUGUGAGGAAGUCAUGGAUGCAGCAUAAAUUAAUCAAAUCUUCACAUGUUGUGGCUCGGUUUUUUGUUGCAUUGAAUGGAAGAAAGGAAGUAAAUGUGGAGCUCAAGAAAGAGGCAGAAUAUUUUGGUGAUAUUGUUGUAGUUCCUUACAUGGACAAUUAUGACCUAGUUGUUUUGAAGACAAUUGCAAUUGCCGAGUAUGGUGUUCGCACAAUGGCAGCAAAGAAUAUCAUGAAGUGUGAUGAUGACACAUUUGUAAGGGUCGAUGCUGUGCUUAAGGAGGUGUGCAAAGUCCAUGUAGGUAGAAGUCUCUAUGUGGGAAAUAUGAACUACCACCACAAGCCCCUUCGUUAUGGUAAAUGGGCAGUGACAUAUGAGGAAUGGCCAGAAGAAGAUUAUCCACCUUAUGCAAAUGGUCCAGGUUACAUAAUAUCCAGAGACAUUGCAGAGUUCAUCAUUUCUGAGUUUGAAAAACACAGGCUGAGAUUGUUCAAGAUGGAAGAUGUAAGCAUGGGAAUGUGGGUGGAGCAGUUCAACCGUUCAAGAACCGUUGAAUAUCUGCAUAGCCAGAAGUUCUGCCAGUUUGGGUGCAUCGAAGAUUACUUAACUGCACAUUACCAAUCCCCAAGACAGAUGAUGUGCAUGUGGGGAAAAUUGCAGCAAUAUCAUGGAAAACCUCAGUGCUGCAACAUGAGAUGAUAAUGAUACCAAAAACAAAGUGGAUAGUUUUUUAUCCUUACAAAAUAGAGAAAAUAUAUGAAGAAGAAAGAGCACACAGAAACCAAGUUUUGCAGCCCUUAGUGUUUCUUUUGUAAAUACAUGGUGGGGUUUUAAGUUACAACAAGGUUGCUCCUGCCCCUUCCCAAUUCUUUCAUUAUUUCACCCACAUUAUUUCACCCACAUUGCUUCCUUUAUUACUCCUAAUGAAAUUAACCCAAUUUCAGUUUUGAAAAGGAUCAGCAUCAUUCUUUUUCGUCUCUCUGUUUAUGAAUUUGAUUACACCAAACAGUCGAGUAUUUGCACCACACUGAUCCCUGAAGAAUGUCUUAACAACAAAUUCCACUCUUGUUGUUAGGAGCACGCAUUUUCAAUAAACAAGAGCUGAUUUAAAGUGAAUUCUUGUACAAAAGCACAUCGAUUUUUUAUUUAUAUAUUUUGGGGUUUUGAACUU